AGGGAUGCCAAUGAUUCGCACCAAUCGCAUCCACGACGGCUCUGGAGAUGGAGAACGCAACGCUGCAAAGAUCGGCGCUGCCAAAGGCCGUUCAAGUGGCGAAAAAGAAGGAAUUCCCGUGCCUCGCGCAGUCGCAUCUCGCAUCGGAAAGCCCGCCCGGACAGUUUGGCAUACAACACGGCAGCAAAAUUGACUUGAGUUUCACACAACCUGGGCGUGGACAGGCGUACCAUAGCGUUGGCAUUUGCAGCUCCGUGUUCAGAGCGCGAGAACUGCAUGGUUUUUGACGGGCUCGCAAAACCGAGUCUCACUUGCCAGCACGUCCAAGGGAGUUUGGCUUUGCUCUGCCGCGACUCUACGAUCGGCAGCAUCGUCGUGUGGCUAAUACAGGCCCAGUCUGAGAAACAAGGCAGUUAGCGCGGCCUGUGGCUCGACAUUGCUCUCUCUCUCUCUCUCUGCAGGGACGCCAGAACCGAAGCCUCUUACCUCGAAGUCGUCCUUCCAAUGAAAACCCUCCUGCUUUGCGAGAGGCAAUCCGGUCUGCCGCUGUUAUCGUGGUCUCCGCAGCUACAAAACCAUCCUAGGGCUUCGCGUUCCUUUGAGACAAUUUCGUCCAAUCGCUCUGUCUUUCGUCGCCCGCCGUGUCCUAGGAACCACUGAUACUCGAGCAGUUUUGCCGAACCACACCUGCCAAAUCGCCUCCCCUGUGAACGUGGCGGACGGGAACAACGCUUGAGGCCGUGCUCCACGUUCUAGACAGAGGUCGCACAAGGUCUGUCUCUCCAGCUGCAGGUCGUUGAUCCCGCUGAUCACAGCGCCUUCGUCGGGGUUUCCACUGCUCAUAAUGCACCUACUUUCCGCGUUCUCGACCUUGGGGGGGGCCUUGAUCCACUUCUGAUUUCCUCCACUUUCUUCCUCCCUCGCCGCUCACGUAUCAUGUCUCGUUCCGGAUGCAAUUGACACUGCAAAACUGAUCUGUCUUGACACGGAACAUCGUAGCGUGCUCGCCAGACAAGAUACCUAUUGUCUAGAAGCAAUUUUCACCGCGGAUUGGAUCACGCGGGCAACAAUGCUCUUGCACUUCUUAGCAAUUUUGAUCAUCUUCGGGCUCGUCAUGGCAGAGGCUGGCGACGGGAACAUACUGGACGCCCGGCAGACGACAAACGUGGUGGGUCAGCUUGAGUCCAUGGGAGUCGAGGUUCUAAGCAAUAUCUUGUCACCCUCGACAACGGCUACUUCAAGCUCGGCUUCGGCAACAUCGUCGCCGUCAAUUACGCCAACUUCGCCAUCUGGUUCGACUACAUCGAGUUUACUUUCAACUUCGAGCCUUUCCUCCACGCUGGCUGCCUUGGCGUCACCUACUUCGUCUUCAGCCCCAAACGAACUCUCUUCGGUCGAUAAAGAGAACACGCGACACAGAAAUAUCGCCAUCAUCGUCGGAAGUGUUCUAGGUGCCGCCGUUCUGGUAUUGCUGCUUGCUUUGCUUUGGUGCUGCCUUGCAAGGAGACGUCAAACCAAACGUGGCCGAGAAAUCGCGAAGGACAUCGACGAUGACGAUGAACUGGACCCAGCUACCCACGGAGCGCACGGAGGUAUGGCUUACGUGACGAGAAUCGAGUCGUGGCAUGAACCUCGAAAUUCGCGCGCCUCUUCCAGAGGGCCCCCAAAAGGCUCUCAGUCCCGCGUAUCGCUGGUGCAGAGAGAUGGCACAGAACGGUAUAACAAUGGACCGUCUGCACCGGUUCCACCACCGAUCCCGCCGCCGCAUCGGACAUCGCAAUACGGUCUUAUUCAAAACGAAGCGCCUUUCGAAGCCCCUCAGGCAGGCUACUUCGACCGCCCUCAAAGGCGUUCGAUGGACGACACUGUGCACGGUCCAAACAAGUAUCCAGGCCACGCGGCGUACAGAUCAACGCAGUCCACGAACUCGCUCGUUGAAAGAUCCCCUACGCCACUGUUCGGCAGUGGCAGGACGCCCGGCGAACACACCAUUCCCCGGAAAAGCGUUGGAUCGGGCCCAACUACCCUGGUGAACUCGCCGCCGAACAGCAAGAACUCAAGCCCGCCCGGCAACGGCGGUGGGCAGUGGAUACCGUCGAGAAAUUCGGGUUUGCGCCGAGAGUCUCUCCCCGGCUCACCGCUAGCGAACGAAUUCGACUUCGGAUUUGGAGACCAGAGACGGUCUAUGAACAGAGAGCGUAUGCCUGGAGCGUGGUCGAGCAAUUCUGUCACAGAUGCACACCAUAGAUUUUAAGUCCUCGCUGAAACAAUCUGUUUGACUUGAGCCUGUAACGAACUUUAUGAUAUCCAGCGUCGAUCAUUAUGUUUCAAAUAAAACCUAUUUCUUAAGGCUUUUUUUUCUCGCGUUUCAUUUAUCCGCACUGUUAUGUCCCUGUCAGU